AUGGCCACCGCGACUCCAGAGGACCAGCCACGCUCACAACCUAGCGUCGAGCUGACGCGCUCUUACGAGAACAAGACCGAAGCAACCCUCGGCCACAGUCACGAUGCAGCCCCUGGGCCCACAGCACCAGUCGAUAGCGAGAAAGGAACUGGGAGCGCCGACGGCGAUGACGAUAAAGCAGAAGAGGGCGACUACGCCACCGGCUUGAAGCUUUUCAUUCUGAUGACUUCCCUCUUACUAUGCCAAUUUCUUGUCGCCUUAGACAUGAGUAUUAUCGCCACUGCCAUUCCCAAAAUCACUCGCGAAUUCCAAAGUCUUGAUCAGGUCGGAUGGUAUGGCUCCGGUUUCCUCCUUACCCUCGCCGGCUUCGUUUCUCUCUGGGGCAAGGCCUUCAAGCAUGCCAGCAUCAAAUGGGUCUUCUUGUCCGCCGUGGUCGUCUUUGAGCUUGGGAGCUUGAUCUGUGGUGUGGCUCAGAAUAGCACUACCCUCAUCGUCGGUCGCGCCAUCCAAGGCUUUGGAGGUGCUGGCAUGACCAGCGGAGUCUACCUCAUUGUAUCCGUCUCUGUCGUCCAGAAGCUUGUCCCUGCAUUUUUGGGCCUUCUUAGCGGUAUCUUCAGUGUUGCUAGUGUCGUCGGCCCCCUUCUUGGUGGUGCAUUCACGGACCGUCUUACUUGGCGUUGGUGCUUUUACAUCAACCUCAUCGUCGGCGCGCCCUCUAUUCUCUUCCUGGCUUUCUUCUACAAGCCACCUGCUCACCACAAAAUCGAGCCCAUUGGCUGGAAGGACUUCAUCUAUACUUUAGACCUGCCGGGCGUCGCUGUCGUUCUCGGCGGGCUGACGUGCUUCAUUCUCGCCAUUGAAUACGGUGGUGUCACCAAGGCCUGGAACUCGGGUACAGUUAUCGGUCUGCUGGUCGCCUUCGGUGUCCUCGUCAUAGUCUUCAUUGUUCUCGAAUGGUACCAGGGUGACCGUGCCCUGCUUGUUGGCCGUCUCAUGAAGCGGAGGACUAUCGCGGCCUGCGCGGUCUUCGUUUCCAUUCUCUUCUCCGCCCCAGGUAUCGUGCUAGUCGGAUGGUACCAGCCGUGGCUAAUGACCGGCGCAUCGCUCGCCGCCAUUGGAGCCGGCCUCAUUUACAUGCUAGACAUCGACUCCACCAGCGCGCAAUGGAUCGGCUUCCAGUUUGUGGCCGGCGUCGGUACGGGUCUGGCAAUGCAGCCGCCCGUCAUCAUCGCCAACGCCAUCACCCCGAAGCAAGACAACAGCAUGGCCAUGUCGGACGUGCUCUUCUUCCAGUUCAUUGGAGGCACCUUUGGCAUCGGCAUGGCGCAAGCCAUCUUCAACAACGGCCUCAUCAGCAGCUUGCCCGAGCUGGCACCGAUGGUUUCUCCGGCCGAGGUCCUCAGCAUUGGCGCGUACGACUUGAAGAAUGUCUUGUCGGGUGAUGCACUGACUGGCGUGCUGAGGGCGUACAUGCGCGGUCUGCACAAUGCUUGGGCCAUGAGCAUCGCUGGCGCCGCCGUCGCCGUGUUUUUACCCCUGCUGGGAGCCUACAUGAAGCUCCCCAAGACGCCCCCCAAGAGCUGGGAUGAGAAGCCGACGACCGAUAAGGCCGACGCGCGAUCUUGA